AUGUCGACCUGGAUUAAGCAGUUUGGAUUGCGGCCGGGGCCUAGGAAAUGGAGGGCCACCGGUAAACACAAAGGUAAACUGGAAAUCAAGAACAUGCUAGGUUUGCACGAUGACCCACCCCAUUCUCCCAUCACAUCAAAAUCGUCACCCAUCACAAAAAAAAUGCUAAACACAAAGCCGGCUGGGAAGAAAGCCAACGUCGAGAAGAAAGCCAAAAUCAACAAGAAAACCAAAAUCAACGAAAAAGCCAACGUCGAGAAGAAAACUCAAAUCAAGAAGAAAACCAAAAUCAACAAGAAAACCAAAACCAACGAAAAAGCCAACGUCGAGAAGAAAACCAAGUUGAGAAAAAAUACUAAAAUCUAG